AUGGCCACCAGUCGCGUCAGCCCCGUUCGUCCCCCUGUUCACCUUGUCCCCUCGCACAACCGGGUGCAUCCUAUUCCGCGUACUCCCUCCCCAAGCCGACGCGCGGUACUAAAUUACCAGACCAUCGACCCUCUCCUCGGCAAUCUAUCGCCCGAGUCCACCCUCAAAGCACUGUCUUCAACCGACGCGGUCCCGAAGAACGAACAGGCCGCCCGUGAUAUUCUCUCGAAAAGCAUCUCCCAGGUUUCUCCAGCGGAACGGGCCCUCGGAAUUCGGGCUGCAAUUGCGGCGCAGAGCCUAAGCUUUUGGUAUAAAGAAAUACAGGCAUGGGAUUGGCCAAAAAGGGUAGAUGUCCAUCUGGGCAAGGGGUUCAUCCCACCAUCCACCACGGCUGAGCUUGCUUCGUCCGAACCGGAAUUCUGGGGCAGUCUCCCUGCUGCCGUCGUCCUAGAGCAUGAGAAGAGGAUCGAGGAGAUUCGGGACGGGAUGGAAAGUUUGAACGUCGACGAACUGAAGGAACACGUUCUGAAUGCCCACAUUCCAUCGCGGUCUCGGCCUUCGUCAUCGAAUAGCACCAUAUCCGUGCCGCCUCCUCUCAGCUAUGUCCAAUUGAGCGACUUCACCGCGGUGAUCACUGCCACCAUACUACGCGCCCUUCCCCUUCUCUCGCGCCUGAACAGCCUCCUUUCCACUUGGGAUGUUCGAUUGUUGGUCCUUCGCCAGGUCCCUGGAUUACUUUGGAGCUUGCGAAUCGCCCGCUCGGAGCUAAAUUCCGCCCUGGAUUCGUUAAAGUUGCGCAGUACCCCGACUGAAAAAGAUGCUUUGUAUUCCAGAACGAAUUAUCAUGCCAAACGCGCCGAGUUGGAGACCAGUGUCCUUUCCGCCGGCCGAAGAAUGGACCGCAUGCUCGAUGCCCUUGAGGGUCGCGAUGAUUCCUUACCUGAGAGCUGGAUCGACGAUCUGGAAGCCAUCGAGUCGGAUUUUGGUUCCUGGGUCAUGGAGGCCGAGAAGCGCACUGUCGCAAACGAAUGGCAGCGCAUGGAAGACACCACAAAGAAGCCAGAGAAGCAAGAAGCCAUGCAAGCUUCAUCCAGUCCGCUAUCCGACAACCCCAGUGGUAUGGAGCCAGCCCUCAAUGGACCCGAACCUAUUUGCACAACUGGACGUUCGCCGCCCAUGGAAACCAUCCAGGAAGAACCCAUUAGCCCGGUCGAAUCUCUAGCGGUAGAUGCUGACAAGGGCGACCAAACUGCUACCAUUUCCAAUAUUGAUACCCCACCAGUUACUGCUGAAACUCCUGAGACAUCCAUCCUCGAGAAUUCAUCUCUUAUCUUGGAAACUGUCGCCGAGAACACGAAAACCCACCCAAGCGAGCCAGAAAAGGCUGCCGUUGAGGUAAUGAAGAACGAUCCAUCAACACGCGAUGCACAAGAGCUUGUUCUGGGAACAUCGGCUCAUGAUAUGUCUCGAGGCGACUCGCCCUUUAUCAUGGAGAAGGAAGAAGUUUCGACUCCAGCGUUAACAGAGGACGCCACUGUAUUUCCAUCUUUCCAGGACAUGAAUUCGCAACAGCAAGCAAUCCACGAUCGUUUGAACUCUGAACAAUUACCUCCCAGCCCAGAAAGAAAUAUUAGCAGGCGGGAUCAGUUACCCCCUCUUCUCAUCAAACCUCCCAGCUCUUCGUCACUUCCCGAGACAGGCGAGCAAACAUCGCACUAUUUGACAUUGCAGGACAAUAUCGACAACAGCUCAACCCAGAAACUAAUGAACGCCGCAGAAAAUUCACCGUCUAUGAACGAAAUGUCAAGCAUGGGCCAGGCUGACUCGGAAAACCCCGAUAACGCUACAAAUACUGCUGACCGUUCUACCCAAUCAUCACCUGCGCCGACUGCGUCCAAAGUAGUGGCGCUUGCUCUUGCUACGACCAAGCCUUCUAUCCAGAUACCCGAUUCUGUGGUAGUCAAGCGAGUUGAAUCGUCCUUAUCUCGGCCUACUAGCCCUGUACAGCUAUCUCCGAAGCCUUCUGUCAUAUCUUCGAAUGGCCAAGGCCCUGCAGCGAGCGGACAAGAAGCCCGCUCCCCAAGGAAACCUUUAGAGAGUCCGAUAAAACUGUCCAAGUCUCGACCCGGACGCUUAGAGCUCAGUAAAGACGAUGGAAAGCCUCAUGCCCGGCGGACGUCCAACGCGUCUGCGGGCUCCUUUUCUGAUUACCCGUCUCUCAUAUCUAGCCCGGAGAUGCGUGAGCCUCUCACUAGCUCAUCGAAUGGAACACCUCGUUUUCUCAAAACCCCUCCUCAGUUCCAGCCAGAUUACGAACCACCUCGGCCGGUGCCUUCUACUAGCGAUCACACUCUACGAGAAGACCGUCUCUUUCGUCUCCCGAGCCCGAUGGCAUCCCCGCGUACGGCAGUCCAACAUAACCGAAACCUGAGUCUCCCUCUACAGCGUUUCAUAAAUGAGAGACUAGAGUUAGACUUCGAAAACGAGACUGAGAUAGGGAUGGGCAAUCCUACGUCUAGCAAAAGAGCAGUGGGAUCUUUUGCAACUUCAAAAUCCCAAAACAAGCAGCAAUCAAUGCCGCCACGGCCACACGGCGAUAGAUGGUCUGCGCCUAACAAUAAAAGCCGAGGCCAACGGUUAAAUUCGCGUGAAGACAAUUAUACACCGGCAUGGCACAAAUCUAGCGAGGAAACACCCAACACCCAGGAGCAGAACCCGGAUGCUUUUGUGAAAAAUGCUGUCCACAAGGUCGUCAGCACAGAGCCAGCCCUUCAUCUGACUACUACCCGCUUGAGGAAACAAUUGACUGCGCAUCCUAGUCUUGAGAGCAUUGGGGCUUAUAAGUCUAAACCCCAGGUUGAGGGUAUCUCUGCCAGCUCGAAUACUGCGAAACCAAGCUCCCGAUCCUCUACUCCGAGUAGCCAAUUUAGGAAGCCAAAAGACCACCUUGAUGAGAAAAUCAGUUCCAUACUCACGACCCUUCCAACCCGAAUUCACCUCGUGUCAGCCGAAGAGCGUGAACAUGAUGAAUCGGCUGCGUCGUUAUCACUGCUUUCCAAGGCAAGGGAGCGGUUUCGCUCUAUGUCUCCACAAGGAACAGCGUCACGCAGCGACACACCUACUCCUUCUCUGACUCUCACGCCUGCCGUCUCCCGCAGAAGACAUUCCCAUGCAUAUGGCCCGGAGGAAAGCUCCGUCAAGCUCUACCAUCUGCAUCAGGGUGGAAAGUCCGCUCCUACCAAGCUUUUUGUGCGCUCUGUCGGAGAAAAGGGAGAACGGGUGAUGGUACGAGUUGGAGGGGGGUGGGCCGAUCUGGCUGAAUACUUGAGAGAAUAUGCCAUUCACCAUGGGCAUCGACACGUGUCGGAGACGCCACGUGUUGAGGUUCAGGGACUGUCAUCUCGUGAAUCUACGCCGAGUUACUCGCCACCGGGGAGCCGGCUAUUACCGGCCAGCAAUGGACGGAGCACUCCGUCUCGACCUCGAUCUGUCAUCAGCAAUCGGCCAUCAUCCUCGUUGGCUGUCCGCAAAACGCGACGGGCGUCGAACGUGUCAGAUAUGACUGAUUUCAGGGCAGUCAGUGCUGGUGAAGCACUGAAUAUGUCGCUUUCCCCAAAAUCCAUAGUCUCAUCUCGUAGGCGGCUUUCGGUGUCUUCGAAUACGUCCACCGGCACAACGUCAUGUGUCAGUGAGAUCCGCCAUGGAUCGUAUAGCUAUUCCCCUUCAACCACUGUAGGAGGUGGUAGCUCUCACUCUAUUCCACUUGGUCUCGCAGGGCCCAAACCACGACCUAGACAUGUUUCCAUGACACCGGAGAGUGAGGCGUGGGUAGAAGACGUUCUCGGGCAGGCACGGCGAAGUUCAUCGUUGCGACCUUUUACAUAUGGCCUACCACCCCCGGAACAAGAGCAACCUGCGGUGAAGACUUCCAUUUUGCCUAAGUCUAGAAGCAUCAGUGACCUUGGGACAGCUGGUUCCAGCAAGCGAGUCGCCCUGCGCGGUCUUGGCAACCGGUGA